AAGAAUUUAAAUGGAAAAAUACAGAUCAGUAUUCAGAAUCAAAACUCAGUAAAACCUUGAACUCAGUUCAGAUUUUCUAAAGUUGUUGAAACAGAAUUUCGGUUAAGAUCAUAACUCCAUACUCCAUAGAUUUCAAACACACACUCCAUUUCUCCAUUAUAUAAACUUGCAGAGACCACUCCAAUUUUCAUCCAAAAAAAUCACCAUGGCUCACUCAACAUUGUUGCUCCUCUGCCUUCUGUCGACUGCCUUCGUCUUCAUCUUCACCACCACCGCCAUUGAAGUUUCCCACACCGGCCGAGCCAUCACCAUCGAUGGCAAGCCCAGGAUCCUCCUCUCUGGUUCAAUCCAUUACCCACGAAGCACUCCUGGGAUGUGGUCGGAUUUGAUUAAGAAAGCUAAAGAAGGCGGAUUGGACGCCAUUGAAACUUAUGUUUUCUGGAACGCCCACGAGCCCACGCGCCGCCAAUACGAUUUCACCGGCAAUCUCGACCUCAUCGAUUUCCUCAAAAGGAUUCAAAAUGAAGGCCUUUACGCUGUUCUUCGCAUUGGCCCUUAUGUCUGCGCAGAGUGGAAUUAUGGAGGAUUGCCAGUUUGGUUACAUAAUCUCCCCGGAAUCGAGAUCAGAACAUCGAAUUCCGUCUUCAUGAAUGAGAUGCAAAACUUCACCACAUUGAUAGUAAACAUGGCAAAGGAUGAGAACCUCUUUGCUUCACAAGGCGGGCCGAUCAUCCUAGCUCAGAUCGAGAAUGAAUAUGGGAAUGUCAU